AUAAUCAUCUUUUCACCGUGAGUUGUUAGAUCGUUUAAUAGCUCAUCAUUCAGUUAGAAUCGUCAACAUCGCUUUACUUGUUUCUUUUAUUUCAUCGGUAACAUCAAGCUUCUGUUUUUUUCAUGUCGCACCAUUCUGGUUAACUAUUUGAUUGCUUGCAUAGUUUUGUUGCCAAUUUUUAAUAACUUCAUACUUCAACCUCUUAACAUCAACUUUGGUAAAUUGUAAUUCAUCCUGUGAAGUGGUCAACGAUCUACGAUUGACAAUUAGUGACUCUAGUACACAAACUGUUCAUUCAACAUCUCGGAUUGCUUAAGUUUAUGUUUAAAGUGUUUUAAUAUUUCUCUUAUCGGAUAUUUACAGUUUCAACAUUUUUCUAGUUGAGAUUUACACAAUCCCAUGAGAAAGGAACCAUUUCAUCAAUUUCAUCAUGAGCAAGAUUAUAUUGAACAGUUCAAUCCUCAGUUUGCUCAUCAUUUUAAUAAAGCUUGUCGAUGCCAAAGAAAUUGAUAGUAAAACUGAUCUUUUGCAAGAAGAAAGCUCUGCUGGUGAAUUAUAUGCUGAACAUCGAGCUCUUCCAGGCUCAGUGAAAGGUGGUAAACCGACCACCUCUCUUAUACCACCGGCUGGUGGUGGAAAUGAACUAUGGCCUUUAGGACGAAAUGAAUCUCCACAGAUUAAAAAUAUCAAUGUCAAGUGUGAAAAAAAUCACAUGAAAGUAAACAUUGAAUUUGAUCGACCUUUUUAUGGGAUGAUAUUUUCCAAGGGUCAUUACAGUGAUACUAAGUGUGUUCAUCUUGCACCAGGAACCGGUCAACUUGUAACCUCAUUUGACAUUUUCCUUGGAGCAUGUGGAAUGACCUCUUCUGAUCAAGCCACCUUUGGUACUGGCAGACCGGGUAGUGGAUUAUACAUUGAGAAUACAAUUAUUAUUCAAUACGAUCCACAAGUUCAAGAAGCUUGGGAUCAAGCUCGUCGUCUUCGCUGUACUUGGUAUGAUUUUUAUGAGAAAUCGGUUACAUUCAGACCAUUUGACGUUGACAUGAUGGACGCAGUUACCGCUAACUUUCUUGGUGACAAUAUUCAGUGUUGGAUGCAAAUUCAAGCUGGUAAAGGUCCUUGGGCAUCAGAGGUGACAGGUAUUGUCAAGAUUGGCCAAACAAUGACCAUGGUUUUAGCCAUUAAAGAUGACGAGAACAAGUUUGACAUGUUGGUUCGCAAUUGUGUUGCUCACGACGGUAAACACCAGCCCAUUCAAUUAGUCGACGAUUAUGGAUGUGUUGUCAGGCCCAAGAUUAUGUCAAGAUUCCAAAAGGUUAAAAACUUUGGUUCCUCUGCAACUGUAGUGUCUUACUCAUACUUCCAAGCCUUCAAAUUCCCCGAUUCAAUGAAUGUUCACUUCCAGUGUGUUAUUCAAGUCUGUCGUUAUGAAUGUCCAGAGCCUAAAUGCUCGGGAUCCAUCGCUGGCUCUGAACAACCUUUCCCAACUCAAAUCAAAGGAGGAGGAGGAAGUGAUUCAAUCAACCCAAGAGAUCCAAGUUUAAUUUCCGUCUCCCCUUCAACUAUAUUAGAAACUGAUGAAUCAAGUAUUCACGGUGAUCGAGUACCAGUCCCAUCAACAGCAUCAUCGUCCUCAGUCAGCUCUUCAAAUCAUCUCCUUGAUCCAACCAAAAUGACCAUAUUAAAAAUGCCAACUGGAUAUCCAAUCGGAUCUUAUCCACCUGAUAUGUUCCUAAAUCGCCAAGGUGAUGGACUUACAAUCAAUGACUAUUCAUCAACCCCUAACUCGCCAGCAAACAUUACUAGCAGCUAUGCAAGUCUAGCCUCCUUGAAUGGUGCUAACAACAAAAAGAAGCUGGUUAAUGUAUCAUCGAUUGGAGGAAUGCCGCGUUCCACUUUUACAACCAAUUUGAAUGCUGAUUAUUCUCGGCGAAACAGACAGCGAACUCGUCGUCAAGCAGCAAGCUCAUCAUCUUCAGCAUCGUCACCACCCCGUUAUGCUGAUAUUAAAACGGAAAAGAUUAUCCGAGUUGUUGCUCCUGGUGAUGUUUCUUUCAAUUUACCCACCUCAAAUGAGGAAGGAUCAAUCAAUUCAACGGUUCUUGAUGUUUUAUCAAACGAAACCUCUGAACCUGUUAGUUUACUUUGUAUGUCAACAACAAACUUCAUGGUUUGUUUAAUCUGUUUAAUCUUAAUCCUUUGUAUGUCAACAUUAAUCGCUGCCUUCUUCUAUUUACGCCUUCGAGCCUAUUCACAAUGUAAAAAUGGUAAAGUUAACAGUUCACCAUCAACAUCAUCAACAUCAUCAUUCUUCUCCAAUUCAUCAACUGGAAAUACAAAUAAUUACAAUGAAUUUAAUAAGGUUGCUACAUUACAAAAGUUUCACUUUCCAAGGUAGAAAUGGUUUUGCAGCUUUUAAACCCAGAAGUCAAUUACAAACAAAUUACAUCAACCCUAAUUUAAUCAAUUGUUUUUCUGUUGAUGGAAAACACUAAAUUCUAAUUUUCAUCCAACAAUGAAUGAUCUGUUGUUGUUUUUCAUUUCUUAAUCAUCCAUCAUCACCACAACCACCACCAACACACACCAACAUCAUAAUGAUAAUCAUGAUCAUCAUUACCAUCGCCAUAAACCAUCUUCAGUAAACGCAAAAGCUUCCUCAUCUUAACUGAACAAUUUCUAUCACUUUUUAUUCCUUUUGCUAAUUGUAAUUACAUCAUCACUAUUAUUAUUAUUAAUAAUAUAACCACUAUUUCCAGCAAUAUGUUGAUUGUUCACAGUAGUGUUGAUUAAUGUACCCGAAAUACCUGUUGUUCCCAGAGUCACGUUCAUCUUAAAUUGUUAUAUCAUCACUAAUUUAAUCAUUAUGCUUCAACAGCAUAAAUUAACAAUAAUCAUCUGUAAUCAUGAACGCAAAUCAAUUAACAUUUAAACCAUCCCUUAA